AUGGAUUUAAAGGACACCACCAGUGAGGGCAGCAUGGGAAGCCUGGAGCCCUCCAGCAUCCAGAUGUUUGCCAACACUUCCUCCCUUCAUGGGAUCCGCUACAUUUUUGUCUAUGGGCCGGUGACGAUACGGCGGUUGCUGUGGACCGUGGCCUUUGUGGGCUCGCUGGGUCUCCUCCUAGUGGAGAGCUCGGAUCGGGUGGCUUUCUACUUCUCCUACCAGCACGUCACUAAAAUGGACGAAGUGGUGGCCAACAGCCUGGUUUUCCCCGCCGUCACCAUCUGUAACCUCAACGAGUUCCGCUUCUCCAGACUCACCACCAAUGACCUGUACCACGCUGGGGAGCUCCUGGCUUUGCUGGACGUGAACCUGCAGAUUCCGGAGCCCCACCUGGCCGACCCGGCUGUCCUGGCCGCUCUCCAGGAAAAGGCCAACUUUAAGCAAUACAAACCGAAAAUUUUCAACAUGCAGGAGUUCUUGGGGCGCGUGGGGCACGACCUGAAGGAUAUGCUGCUGUACUGCAAGUUCAAAGGUCAGGAGUGCAGCCAGAAGGACUUCAAAACUGUGUUUACAAAAUAUGGGAAAUGUUACAUGUUUAACUCAGGAGAAGAAGGGCGGCCCCUGCUUACCACAGUCAAAGGUGGGACGGGCAAUGGAUUGGAGAUAAUGCUGGACAUACAGCAGGAUGAAUACUUACCGAUAUGGGGAGAAACAGAGGAAACGACGUUUGAAGCUGGAGUCAAAGUUCAGAUCCACAGCCAGUCGGAGCCGCCCUUCGUCCAAGAACUUGGCUUCGGAGUGGCCCCUGGAUUUCAGACCUUUGUCGCCACACAGGAGCAACGGCUCACCUACCUGCCCCCUCCGUGGGGCGAGUGUCGCUCGUCGGACGUGGGGUUAGACUUUUUCCCCGUUUACAGUAUCACGGCCUGCAGGAUUGACUGUGAAACCCGCUACAUUGUGGAAAACUGCAACUGCAAAAUGGUCCACAUGCCAGGGGACGCUCCGUUCUGUACUCCGGAGCAGUAUAAGGAAUGUGCAGAGCCUGCGCUGGGUUUGCUUGCUGAAAAGGACAGCAAUUACUGUAUCUGCAGGAUGCCGUGUAACCUGACCAGGUACAACAAAGAGCUCUCCAUGGUGAAGAUCCCCAGCAAGACUUCGGCUAAGUACCUAGAGAAGAAGUUUAACAAGUCUGAAAAAUACAUCUCAGAGAAUAUUCUCGUGCUGGAUAUAUUUUUUGAAGCACUCAACUAUGAGACAAUUGAGCAGAAGAAAGCAUACGAAGUGGCAGCUUUACUUGGUGACAUUGGCGGUCAGAUGGGAUUGUUUAUUGGUGCUAGUAUCCUUACAGUACUAGAGCUCUUUGAUUAUAUUUACGAGCUGAUCAAGGAAAGAUUGUUAGACCUGCUUGGCAAGGAGGAGGAGGAGGGGAGUCAUGAUGAAAACGUGAGCACUGGCGACCCCAUUCCAAAUCAUUCCGAAACCAUCAGCCACACUGUGAACGUGCCCCUGCAGACGACCCUGGGAACGCUGGAGGAAAUCGCCUGCUGACACCUCUUCGCCAGCUCCGGAGUGCCAAGACCAACCGAAAGGAGACUGCCCAGGAAAGCAAGGACCAAGCUCAGGUUUGCACCGGGAGAAAAGGAAGAAAAUCGCUAUGCAUUAAAAAAAAAUAAUAUAUAUCUAUAUAUAACUGUAUAUAUAUUAUACAUCUCUGCCAAAACCAAGCGAGCGGCGCCUUGGCCUUGACACGCGUCGUCCUUUCCUGUGGGGGGGGCCUCGUCUUCGGGAUCUGAAGACACACUCGUUUUUGAACUGUACAGACCAACACAGAAACUAACAAAGCCACCAUUUCAUAUACUGCCGACUGUAUAAAGCACUUGCAUGCCGGUACUUUUUAUGGCAAUCUCUUCCUAGCUGUCUUUCUAAGCUCUGUUCCUCUGUACAGGCUCUGAUUUCACUACCAAGAAGGAAUUUUGUGGGCCCGUCCGGCCCUGAAAUCACCGUUAAUUAGGCUGUAUUAGAAUAAAGAACCAAACAAAUCUGCAGCUCUUGGACUCUCCUUACCUCCUUGUUCUUCGUGUCAGUUUGCUAGGCCCGGCCCCGCAAAAGCUAAGCCGUGCUGCAGCCGGGCCUGGCGGAGGGACCACACCUGCAGUCUGACUCCCUGACCUGGAUGGCUCUCGGAUGACCACGCCCGUGGCUACUGUGUCGUGCUCCUGGGUCUGUAACGCAGCUUGUACAGUCCGGUCUGGGGAGGGGCAGGAACGGGCGUGGGGGUUAUUUUUCAUUCCUUUCCGUUGUGCGUUUUUCCUCGUUCUCCUGACUGAUAUUAAAGCUGGUCUUGUGGAAAUGGCCAGACUGUGUCAUUCCUGCUUUGCCUCCAACCCGCUCACCACCACCCUGGCCUCCAGGCGGACAGAGCAGCUGGGCUCCCCCCUCAAUUGGCUGUUUUGGUGCAUUUGGCCCUGCUGCCUCUCUGGUGGGUAGGGAAAGGGGGCAGCUGGGCUCAUCCUCCACUGCCUACCCCUCGGCUGUUAACAGGCGGCCAGUCCAGCCUCUUCCUGCUGCAUCAAACGGGGGCAGGGCCGUGUGCUUUGUCAGUUUGUGGGCACAUUGGGGAUUAGCCAGCACCCUCCACCCCGUCCCCUUCCCAGGUCAUCUCCAGGGUGGGCUUUGUUCUUCCCAAAGCUGGGAGCAGUGCACCGCCUUUGUUCGGCCCCCAGCAGCUGCUCCUCCACCCAGGCGACAUCACUAGGGCAUUGACAGCACCACCCAGCCGAUUGGGACCAGAGCUCCCCUGAGGCUGUUGGUGUUGUGCCUGACCUGCGAAGCCACCCACACGUUCCCACACAAACCCUGUGGCUUCCCUCCCAACAAGCCCCAGCCUGUGCCCUAGCACAGAGUCUAGCCUGUCAGUGCCGCUGCAGGAGUCUCCAAUGUCAACCUCCCAACACCCCGCUGCUAGUCAGCUGCUCUGAAGCGUCUCUCGGAUUCAGGCUCCCGGAAGCACUUGCUUGGCUAUGAUUCUCUUUGCAGAGGAGCUGGAAGCUGACCCCCUACUGUGGCCUCCCGUGUCCCCCUCGUGUAUCAUAGAAUCAUAGACUAUCAGGGCUGGAAGGGACCUCAGGGAGCAUCUAGUCCCACCCCCUGCUCAAAGCAGGACCAAUUCCCAACUAAAUCAAGCUGUAGCCUUCCAGAACACAGCCCAAACCUCCAGACAGCCAUGGCGGCUCCUCCCAACACUGCUGUGCAAUAGCCUUGUCACGCUGGCCGUAAACAAUGCCCUUGACUGGCCCUUCAGCUCCCCUCAAAGCCCCAGCAGGGGCCUUUUUUGGCAGCCAAGUGCUGUGAGUAGAACAAAUGAUACGUAUGUCAGCGAACAGCGGCAUGACGGGCCAGCGCCCCAACUGGUGCGGAUCGGCACACCUCAGCUGGCUUCUGUGGGUUUAUGCCAAUUCACACCAGUUGGGGAUCUGACCCUACAGGCUUCCCUGGGUCUCAGUCGGGGCUGCCCCUUGGACAGCACCGGCAUUGGGGGUAUUUAGUGGGUAUUGAACUAGUUCUAAUCAACUCCAAAGAGUUUUGCCAUUUCCUAGAAAGUGCAAAAUUCCAUCCCUCUCCCCCACCCCCACUGCACUUAGCUCGUAAACUCUGGCCUCACUGCAUUUCCAGUGCGUGUGAAUUAUGGCGAGGGUGACCAGACAGCAAAUGUGAAAACUCGGGACAGGGGGUGGGGGGGAAUAGGAGCCUAUAUAAGAAAAAGACCCCAAAAAUCAGGACUGUCCCUAUAACAGCAGGACAUCUGGUCACCCUAAUUAUGAGAUUUCGCUAACGCUCCCCACCAGCCGAGAAGGUGCCUCCCAGCACACCCAGCAGCGGAGCUGGUCGCUCUGGAAGGGCCUAUGGUGUCUGUUUCACAGCCCCCCCGUUUCUGCGAUUCCCUGCGCCCACCUCUGUCCGGCCAGCUCUUGUUUUGUACGUGAAUGACGCGGCCGCCCGUCCCAGUCUUGUUUGU